CAUCAACUCCUUACAAUAUUACCAACCAGACAAAUCCACGAAUCCAACAUGCACUUCCCCUCUUUCACCAGCAUUGCGGUUGUCGCCCUCGCCUUCUCUUCUACCACCUCAGCCUACUGUUUCAAAACCGGACAGUCCUAUGCCGACAAGAACAAGGCCAAGGGCUACGUCAGCGGUAUCUGUAACAGUUGGCAUAACCAAGAGCUGGCACCUUCCCAGGUUGUGUCUACUUGCAAGGACGGAGGCUCAGGAACACGGGUCAACUUCUCUCUCACGAACCAAUCGGGCAGCAAGAGUAGAGUGAACACGAACGAUUGCAUUAACAGGUUCACCGCGGAGAUCAACAACUGCAACAAGGGCAGUAGAUAUGAUGCAGGCAACUUCCACUACCGUGUGGACCCGAACAAGGGAGGCUGCUAGAGCAAUAGCACUCUGGAAACGCGAUUUCGGUCAUAUAAACACCGGUUAAACCGAUGAUUAUAUUAAAACCAACUUGUGCCAAUUGGAGGGUGAGGAGAAAGACCACACUCGUUUAUCUAGGCUGCGGGAAGUGUAGCGCUUCUUUACAGAGUUGGAAUCGGUCCCGUAACAUGAUUGGGAGACAAAAGACGCUACUGCAGUGUAACUUAGCACGUCUAUAAAAACC